AUGAUUAUUAGCACACUUACAACUAUGUUAUUUAUGCUCUUGAGCAAUAUAUCAGAAGGUUAAAAAGUUAGUAUUAUAUUGUAGCCAUGAUGGAUGCAACAAUGGAUUCAACAACCGACUCAGUUAGUAUCCUUGCUGUUUCAACGAUUUUAGGACAAGAAAAUUCAACUCCUAUAGGUUCUCUAGUAGGAGGCACAACAAUAUACAUGAAAGUAAAAAUAUCAUUUAACAAUAUAAGGUUUAAGGAUUGGAUUAAACUGCUAGUAACAAUGCAGUUUAUGUUGGUAAAUACCCUUGUGUAAUAUCUGAUAAAGGAGUGAAUGGAUUGUUCAUGAACUGUAAAACAACAAAACUAGAUCCAGAUGACAAUAACUUAUCUGGCCUAUAAAUUGUUGUUAAGGUAUUAGGUAAGCCAGACUCUGUAUGUGCUUCCACUUCCACGAAAUGCCUUUUUAGUUACUCUUAACAUUAUACUCCAAAAUUAUUUUAUGUUAGUCCAAGAUCAAAUUAUCCAAGAAGUCUAAGUUAUUGGAGAGCUAAGUGGGCUGUCUCAAGCAAUCUUGUUUAAUAUCUAGAAGGAUAAUUCAUGGGAGCAAAUAGAUGUGACAGAUUCACAGUUUUAGAUUAGUAUCCAGAUGAAAUUAAUUUUUGGGAUGAUUAGGUUGUAUGUUAAGUAUCUGCAGAAAUCAAAGCAGGUUAUUAUGAUUAUACUAUUAAAUCAUAAAGCGGAUAUCAAACUAAUGAUGUUGGUAUAAAAUAAAAAAAGGUUUACUCAGAUUAAACAUACGACUCAAAGUAAUUAUUAUUAUAUAAUUUUAGAGCUCUUCCAAUUAUUACAGGAAUCAAUACCAAUUUUGCAUCACCAGAAGGAUAAAUUUUGUAAAUUUCUGGAUAUGGAUUUAGUCCAAUAGCAUCUGAGAAUACAGUUAAAAUUACAGGUUAAUCUGAAGUUAUUUAAGUUUUAUCAUCUUCUCCUACCACUAUCAAUGCUAAGAUACCUAAACUUAGUAAUUUACCAACUAUUGCUGAUGCUACUGAGUCAUCAGUCUAUAUUUAAGGAAGUGGAUUACAUUAUACAAGAUGGGAUGUUUCAGGAUUAAAUUUCAAUUGUGCUGCUUUUAGAAAUUAAAUCAUUUCUAAUUAAGCAUAAUUGGAUAGCAGAAUUUAAUUUGAUGGAAUUCAUCCAGAACCUGAUGUUUAAAAUUAAUUUGGAGAAUAUUAUGGAUAAUAUUUUAGAGGAUUCUUUAAGGCACCAUUCACAGGAAAUUAUAAAUUCUAUGUUGCCUCUGAUGAUUGCUCUCAAUUCUAUAUUUAAACAACAGAAAUUAAGAAACCUAUAAGGCCAGACACUGCAACUGCAGCUAGUGGUUGGAAUCCAUAUAGAAAUUAUUGGUAUGAAUAUUUGAGUUACUCUUACGAAACUAAAACAAUAUCAGCACCUGUAUCUCUAUAAGAAGGUGAAUUUUACUACAUUGAAGCUUAUCAUCUUAAUGGUGGAUCAAGUGGAUAUUUCACACUCUCUAUGGAAGUUGAAAGCCCUACUAGAAAAUCAAAUUCAUUAAAUAGUAUAUACUAAAUUUAAACAUCUUAUACUCCAACUAAAGAAAUCAUUGAAUUCACUUUAUAUAAUACAAAUGGUAACACUUUAUUAGCAGGUAAGUAUUAACUUUAAUUCACAUAUGGUACUAAGACAACUCCAUAGACAGGUGUAUAUUAUUCUUAUACUACUGGAGAUAUAACGCCAAACGCUAAUGCUAAUUCUAUUAAAAAUGCAAUAUAAGGUUGCGGUGGGGGUUACCUAGUAACUGUAGUAGCCAAAAAAUUAGACAAUACUGGAGCUGAUUUAGAAGAUUCAGCAGCAACAUUUGCUGGAUAUAAAUAUACUAUAACAUUUGAUUCACACAGAGGUACUACAUAAUAUAGAGCACUUCCAAAGAUUGUAUCAUCAACUCUUAAUGGAGGAACAGUCUCAUAAAAGAUAGAAAGAACCUAAGAACCUUUAGAUCCAAUAAGUGGAACUUUCUAAUUAAAAAUGACUAUUAAUGAAAUUGACCAUUUAUUUUAAGUAUCAGAGAAUAACUAUGACAUACCAUUUGAUGCAUCUUCAUCCUUAAUUGCUGAUAAUAUUGAAAGACUUACAGGACAAAGACCAUUUGUUUGGACUUUUGGUAGAGCUCAAGAUGGAUGGUCAUGGUAUGUAAUAUUAAGAUCAAAUGUGGAAAGUCUUACUGUAUUUGAUUUUUCAAUCAGUUAACUUAUUUCUGGAAGUGGAGAUGUUACAGUGGCUGUAAAAAAACCAAUAGAUGAUUCAACCAAUCUCUUAUUUGAACCUAUUCCAAAUGAAUUAUUAUUUACUUAUAGUCAACAUCCAUAAGUUCAAGUCGAAGUUAAAUACGAAUUAAAAGAAAAUGGAGUUGUUUCUGAAACAGAACAUAUAUUGGCUGGUUGUGAAUAGGUAUCUACCUGUGAUUUCACUUUAAGUGAUGAAAAAACUCCAACUUUGACAAAUUAUUUAGUCUCAGGAUCUCAGUUGUCUUUAACUGUAUAAGAAGGAAAUGGUUUAACAAUUACAGAAUCUGAUUUAGAAAUAUCAUAUGCAGGAGCUGAUUGUACAAACAUUCAAUAUACAACACAUACUUCUCCAUAUUCUAUUACAUGUAGCUUAGAAUAAUUGGAUAAUUAGAAUAUCAAAGAAGCAGGCGAUAAUUAAGUACCUGCUGUACAUCAUAGAGCUAUUGGAUUUUCUAAAAUUGGUGAUGGAGUGACAGGAGAAAAUAUUAAUUUGGUUAUUUCUGAUGUGUUACCUGCCCAAGGAUCACCAGAUGGAGGAACAACUAUUACAAUCACUGGUACUGGAUUCCCUAAAAAUUUAAAUAGAGACUUUACAUUCUAAAUUGAUGGAAAUGAUGUUUAACCAUUAUCAAUUUCAAACACUUAAAUCGUAUUUCUUACUCCAGCCAAAGUAACUGGAGGAACUGGAGCCAUCUCUUUAUCUUUUAAUUAGAAAACAGUCACUAGUGCUUCAUUUACAUACAAUGAUGCUUUAAGAAUUCAAGUUUAAUCUUUAGAAUUCAAUUAAAUUACACCAAUUUACAAAGGAGAAUUGACAAUAACAGGUACUAAUUUUGGAACUGAUGCUAAUGAAAUCAAAGUUACUUUAGUAGGAACAACUAAAUCUUAUAAUGCUAAAGUAAUAUCUAUCAUAGAUACUUCAAUCAAAGUUUAUUUAAGAGGAGGAAUGCCGGGAAAUUACAGAGUUACUAUUACAAGAAAAAAUUAUGGUAAUUCUUAUGCUGAUAAUGACGAUAACUUGUUUAAAUAUAUUAUUCCAGUUACAAGUGUUACUUUAGCAGAUGGCACUAGUUAAGCCAAAGGUUCUGAAGCUGGAGGAACUGUUAUUAAAAUUACAGGAUCCAAUUUUGUUAAAGGAGAAACUCUUGUAUUUGUUGGUGUAGCUAUUAAUUGGAUCUGUGAAAUUGAUGAAAGCAGAUUCACAAGUGAAGUAAUUUACUGCACAGUUCCAGCUAAAUAUGAAUUCUAUAAUCAACCUGCUUAAUUAGUUGUUGUAACAUUAUAAGUAACACUCGAAUCAACAUGUCUUGAUGCAAUAAAUCAAUGCUUAUUUACAUAUGAUGAUACUUUGACUCCAGGAAUUGACGCAUAUCCAGCAUCUGCUACUUAAUUUACAGGAUCAAGAAUUUUGACAGAAAAUGAUCAUUAAAAACCAGAUUAUUAAAAAUUAGUUUAAAGAAAGAGAUUUUUAUGGACAGAGGAAUCCAAGAAAUUAGGUAACGAUCAUAUUUUGAAUCUUGGAAAAUCAGCAAGAAGAGAUUUGCUAACAUCUGCUGAUUUAGUAUUAAGUUAAUAAAAGACUUACGUUCCAGGGGAUACAGAAACAUUAUCAGGAACAGAUUUAACAAAUUCAGUUUGGGUAGUUUUCAAAGGUCCAGUGACAGAAAAAGUGACAGCAACUCUUACUGCUCCUUCAUUCACUUACACAAUUCCAAACUUACCACAGGGAUAAUAUUCUACUUAUGUUUUAACUGAACAUGGUUAUGCAAAUAAAAUAUGGGUUACUGUAAUUGGAUUAAGCAUUACAUCUAUUGAUACUGCUGUAAUUGGUGGAUAAAUAUUAACUAUUAAUGGUUUUGGUUUCAAUGCCAAUCAAUCACCAACUGUCAAAGUUGGUACAACUGAUUGUACUGAGUUAGAGGUUGUCUCAAGUGUUUAAUUAAAAUGUAGAAUGGCCAGAUAAUCAGGAACUUCUGCUACUGUAACAUUAUCAUAAUUGCCUUCUGAAAAUAACUCAGCAAUCCCUAUUACAGCUUCAUAUACUUUAACAAUUAAUACUUCUGCUAAUUCACCAGGAUUUACAGCCAUUUCUGGAGCUAUAUAUGAUUCUAUUUAAAAAGCUUACUUGGCUACUACAGGAAAUUUAGUUCUUGUAUUUACUGGUGUUAAACUUACUGGCACAACAAUAGUUGUAACAUUAGAACAUAUGGGUCAUAAAAUAGCUGGAACUGUUUCAGCAUCAUCUGAUACUUCAGUAACAGCUAAUUUCCCUAAUCAACCGGCAGGAGUUUAUUCUAUUAACCUUUUAGUUGAUAAUAAAUAUGCAUAUAUUUAAGAUGCUACUAAAUAAAAAUUAAUAGUAAGUGCUUCAUCUCCAAAUUCAAACAAUCCCACAGUUUCAUAUGCUGGUGGUGCUACAGUCACAUUUACUGGAACUGGAUUUGAUACUGUUAGCAAGUAGAAUUCAGUUAAACUUUGUGGAUUCGAUUGUCCUAUCAAAAGUGCAACUUACACAACACUUUCAUGUGAAGCUCCAAAAUUAUUGACAAAUUCUGUUUUAACUUAAUACUCUGCUUUAUAAGAACCUGCAAGAUAUAUUUAACCAUCAGAAGUUACUUUAACUGCAGAUAUUGCAGCCUCCGCCUCAAAAUUCUUUGAUUUACAAUAAUCAACUUAUUAUACAUCUACUGCCACUUCAAAUUGUUUUAUCUAAGUUGAUUUUGGAACAAGUAGAAUUUUGAAAUUACAUUAAUUGAGAUACAUUCCAAGAAUAGAUAAACCAGCUAUUUAAUUGAAAGACGCAGUCUUCUAAUAUACAACUGAUGGUACUAAUUGGUAGACUUUAUUAACAGUUGAUUAAACUGUCCAUACAGGUUGGAAUAUUUAUGUUCCAUAAAAUGAUAUAACAGGAAUUAAAGCAAUUAGAUUAUUUGAUUCAAGAGGAAAUACUGGUUCAUCCUGUUAAUUAGCAGAAAUUGAAUUGAAAGGUUGGGUAUUAUCUAAUAGUAAUAAUGCUUACUCAGUUGCAACAUUCUGUAAUGCAGAGAUCUAAGUAAAUGGAUAAUCUUUAGGUUCAGUAACUAAUGCAGCUAGUUAUUCAUCAAGUAGUGUUCCUGUUGUUAAUACAGUCACACCAGCUACAGGUAGAUUUACUGAAGAAGCCGUGAUUACAAUUACUGGUACUGGAUUUGUUAAUGAUUAAACUACUGUUUAUAUUGAUGGUGUUCAAUGUGCUAUUUAAAGUGUUUCUACAGUUUAAAUCAUAUGCAAAACUGGAGUUAAAGAUUUAGAAUAAACAUAAUUAAAUGGAGUGUUUUAAGUUAGAGUUAAUGGAAACUUAGCAGUUAAUAAUAAAUAGUUCAUCUAUGCUACUAAAUGGUCAGAUAUUAAUACUUGGGGUGGAUAUGAAUAUCCUGGAGAUGGAGAUUCAGUAAUUGUUAAUGCUGGUUAGACACUUAUUGUCGAUGUUAAAACUCCUAAAUUAAUGUAAGUUUUGGUUGAAGGAACUUUAACAUUCUCUGAUGAAUUAGAUACAUCAAUGGAUGCUCAUUUUAUUGUGAUUAGAGAAGGUAAAUUCAAUAUCGGUACUGAAUUGGUUGCACAUUAACAUAAAGUAUAAAUUACUUUAUAUGGCGUUGAAGAUGAUGUUUAAAUGCCUGCUAUGGGUAAUAAAGUGUUAGGAUGUCAUCAAUGUUAAUUAACCAUUCAUGGAAAAGAAAGAACCCCAACAUGGACAUUAUUAUCCAGUACAGUAGAAGCUGGAAAAAAUUAAAUUACAGUCGAUGAUGCAGUAGAUUGGUAAGUAGGAGAACAAAUUGUUAUUACCUCCAGUGAAGUUGAACAUAUGCAAAGUGAAAAGAGAUACAUUACUGCUGUUAGUGUAGAUAAAAAGACUUUGACACUAGAUAAACCACUUACUUAUAAACAUUAUUCAGCUGUUGAAACAUAUGGAACAGAUCAAUUCCCUAUGAAAGUUGAAGUUGGUUUAUUGACCAGAAAUAUUGUUAUUUAAGGUGAAGAGUCAGAUUUGAAAUAUGGUUAUCAUUUAAUGAUUCAUGGAAGAGCUGAGAAAGGAGCUAUUGGUAAAAUAUCAUAUGCAGAAUUCAGAUAUGGAGGUCAACCAAGAAUUAUUGGUAGAUAUCCUGUUCAUUUCCACUUGAAUGGAGAAGUAGACGAAUCAUAUGUAGUUGGUAACUCAAUCCAUGAUUGUUAUGCUCGUUGUUUGACUAUUCAUGGUGUUCAUUAUUUGAAAGUUUAAAAGAAUGUCUGUUAUAAUACAUUUGGACAUGCUAUAUUCUUUGAAGAUGGUAUUGAAACAAACAAUGUUAUUGAAGAUAAUCUUGUAGCAAGUACAAAAUAAAGUUGGAUCAUGUUAUAAACAGAUAUUACUGUUGCUACAUAUUGGGUUACAAAUCCAUAAAAUAUUUUGAGAAGAAAUAGAUCAGGAGGUUCAGAAUGGUAUGGAUUUUGGUAUGAAAUCAAAACAAAUCCAGAUGGUCCAUCAGCUACAUCAGAUAUUUGUCCACCAGGUCUUAAUAUCCUUGAAUUUAAAGAUAAUUGGGCACAUUCAAAUGGAAGAUUUGGUCUUCGUAUUUUCUAAAUGGCUCCAAGGAAAUUCCCUUGUAUAGAUCCAAAUAAUUGGUCUAAUGAUUAACCAUUUAUAGAUAAUCCAAGUCUUCAAGCUGUUUUUGAAAAAUUCUAUACAUGGAAAAAUAAUGAAUGUGGUAUUUUAGGAGAAGAAUUGGGAAAUAUUUAUUUCAAAGAUAUAAUGAUUGCUGAUUCUAAAUUUGCAGGAUUCUAAGCUCAUAAAGGUAAUUUUUCAGCCGAAGGAGCAGUAUUAGAUAAUGCUUUGAUUAUUGGAAAAUCAAUAAAUAAUGCUAAUCCAGAUGAUACUUAUUAUGAUGGAUCAAGAGCUAUGGUUGUUCCAAGAACAAAUGGAUUUUUAGCUAAAAACAUUAGAAUUUAUAAUUAUGGAAGUAAUUCUGCUUUGAUUGAAUCAUGUUCUGUAUGCUGGAAUAUGAAAUUGUGGGUAUAAGGUGGUAAAAAUACACAAUUCUUAAAUGUAAAGGCAUUUAAUUCUGAUUCAGCUAAUCGAAUUUAUUGGUAGAAACAUAGAAGAGAAAUCUUCUGGGAUUAAGAUGGUUCAAUUUCAGGAGUGACAGGAGGAGCUUAUAUUAUCCCAUAUAAAAAACAUAUUGAUGGUAUUCCAGGAUGUGUUAAUCAUCCUGAAGAUUUUUGGGAUAAUUCUAUUAUUUGUGCAAUGAAUUAAGUUACAAUAAGGGAUGUUUUGGUUAAUAAUCCAGCUCCAGUAUAAGAUUUUACAGGAACAGAUAUGAAGCUAUAUAGAUUAGAUAGUACAAAUGUUGCACUCAAAAUGGAUCCAUUAAUAGAUGAAAGUAAAUACAUAGAGGCUGAAACAAUGAAAAUUAUUAAGAAGAGUCAUGAUGUAAAAUAAUCAUUUGCAAGUGUAUUUGCUACUGGUUUUACUUAUAAUGUUCAUUUUAAAUUUGGAGCUAGUGAUCCUUUAAGUAUGGGUGUUUUUGCCUCUCCAUAUUUCAACUAAAAUGAUAAAGCUGUUAUUUUCAGAUUUAAUUAUUCUGCUAAUAGAGAGACAUUUGAUGUUAUGAGAAACAUAGGAGGAAAGUUCCCCUUAAAUUACACAAAAAUAGAAUAAAUUCCAGAUACUAACACAUGUAAUUAAGGAGAUUGGUUUAAUGAUAGAACAAAUAAAUUAUUUUAUCUUUGUUUGUCUGGUAAAAAUAAGAAGUAAUAUGAAUAUGUUGAGGUCAGAGGAGUCAUUUGUAGAGAAGAAUGUGAUAGUUUAGGAGAUGUACCAUUAGAGGAUGGAUAUAGAUAUUGGAGUAACCCUAGUACUUGGAUAGAUAAUAAAGUACCUGUUGAAGGUGAUAGUCCAAUAAUUUAAGGAGCUUAUUAAGUAAUUUUAGAUGUUGAUCCUCCUAAACUUACCAAUUUAACAAUAUUGGGCUCUUUAAUAUUUGAUGAAAGAAAAGCAUCUACAAAAUUAGAAGCAGAAAGAAUCUGGGUCAGAUCAGGAAAACUCUUGGCAGGUAAUUCAACUCAUCCAUUCCCUGGAAAGAUUAAUAUAGUAUUGAAUGGAGAAUUUGGUGAUAACCCAUUAGUAAUAGAUGCUAAUUUAGAUGUUGGAAAUAAGGUUCUUGCAGUAACAAGAGCAAUGGAAUUAUACUCAACUCCACCAGGAACAAUCUGGACUAGAUUAGCUGCUUAUGCUGAUGCUGGUGCAACAACUGUUACAGUUGCUGAAUGUGCUGGCUGGGCUGUUGGAGAUGAAAUUGUAUUUGGACCUUCAGGCAGUGAUCCAGAAUAAAGAGAAAAAAGAACCAUUUCAGCAAUUUCAGGAUGCGCCAUAACUUUAAAUUCUGCCCUUGAAUUCGAUCACUAUGGAGCUCCUUCAGUAACUAUUGAUAAACCAGGUAUUGGACAAUUAGAUAUGAGAGCUGUUGUUGGUCAUUUAACAAGAAAAAUUAAGAUUGAAGGAGGACCUAGUAUUCAUGGAUUAGGAUGUAGAGUCUUAAUAUAUUAAUUUGAAGAGCCUGAGGCUAAUUUAGGAUUCCCAAGAAGAGGAUAUACAGUUUUACAUGGUGUUGAGUUUAAUAAUUGUGGAUAAUAUGAUACACAAAGAAGUGGAUUAGAUUUUAGAAAUCUUAACAGUGAAAUUAUUAAGACUCCUAGUGAAGUUGUUGGAUGUUCAUUCCAUGAUACAACAGGUAUGUUAAUGACAAUUUAAGAUUCAUAAUACAUUACAAUAAAGAAUAAUGUUUUCUUUACAGGUAUAAAGGCAUUAGUAUAAAUAAAUAACAGUUAAUAUGUGAAGUUCUAGAAUAAUGCAUUGAUCUAUGUAAAAAAGAGAGUAUUAUCAGAUGGAGGUAUAGCAAAUUGGGCUGUGCUUGGUAAUUUUGUUUACAUGGAUGAAUUAGUACCAACUUAAAUGACAAGAGAUAUUGUCGAUGUAUCUGGAAAUGUAGGAUAAGGAUCAUAAGAUACAGGAUUCUUUGUGAUGGCUAGUAAAUGUUCAGAUGCUUAUUAAUCAUCGUUCUACAAUAACCAUUGUUCAGGAUCUAUUUUGGCUUGCUUUGGUAUUCGAUAAGAUCCAGAGGGUAGAUGCACAUAUAUCUCAGGAUUAUCUGCAUACCAUAGUGGAGUAGGAAUUAUGUAUGCCGUAACUACAUAAGAACUACAUUUGGAGAAUGCUCUAGCUGCUGAAAAUGAUGUCGGAAUUGUUUUAAGAGGUGCACCUUAGAGUAUUUAAGAUAAUUAGAUAAAGUUUUCAAAUAGUUUUGUGAGUCCAUUUGUGAGACCAGAAUGUACUAAAUGUUAUUCAUAAAAAUUAAACCCCUAUUGUAGUUAUACAUAUGGAGUUAAGAUGGGUACAUUAUCAUCAUCAGCUUUUCCUCCAAUUACAUCAAAACCUUCAGAUAAUUUCGAUUCAAUUUGUACAAUUUAAAGAGUUGAUUUAAGAGUCUACAUAAAUAAUGUGGAAUUCAACAAUUUCAGAUUGACCCAUGAUACAGUUGAUAAAUGUGGUAAAAAUGCAGUAUUUAAGACAAAUCACAAAGCACAUGAUGCUACAGGAUAACAUUAUUUAGUUAAUUCUCCAUGUACUAAUUGUGAAUUUGAUUCAAUUUUAUAUUAAAUGAGGGAUUCUGAUUGGACUAAAUUAGGAUGGUUUGGAGGAUGUGGUUCAUUUGAAUGUACAGGUUAAAAAAAUGUUUUAAUUGAAGAUUAAACAGGUCAUUUCUUUGGAUAAAUUGGUUAAGCAAUAACAAAUAAUACAUAUUUUGGACCAAAUGUAACACAUUGUGUAAGAAAGAAUACAUGGAAUGGAUAUUGGUGUCCAGAGAGAAAAAUUACAGUAUUAAAUUUCAUGAGUGUUGCAGCAGACUUUAAUAAAAGAUUAUAUUCACCAAUUAAAUUGACUGAUGGAUUAUUUUUCAAUGAAAUUAAUAGUUUCUUUGAAUGGAAUUGGGAUGGACCUGAACCUUUAAAUUUAAGAGAAUCUAAGUUUGUGGCAUUAGUAUCAACAAAUACAAUAAUAAAUAUGAGUAAUGCAGGUAUGAAUCCAACAGCAUCAGAAUAUUGGUUAUCUAAAAGAAGUGAAGCUGGAAGUCCUGAAGAUUUUGUGAUUUUGAAAUGGAAGUUUUCUGUUCCACAAAUUAUUUAAGUACAAGUUGGCAAUAAGGUCAUAUUACCUGGAUUGACUACCCAUUCUAAACAUCAUGAUUUAAUGACUAUGACUGAUUAAUGUGGAGCAAAUAAUUAUUUCUUUGAGAAUAGAACUAUUCAUUUUGUUGUAAAUGCAAAACUUGGUUGUAAAGUUAAGAUUUCAUUGAAAAAUACACUCUAAGUUUCAACAAGAUUAGAAAUAACUACUGGUGAAUUCUUUGGAGAUAAAUUCUUGUAAUAUGCUAAAGCUUAGUUAGGAGGAGAUCCUUAUAACUACUUUAUAAUAGGAACUAAGAAAUCUAGUAGGAGAUUCUUAGAUGAAAGUGUCAGUUAUUAAGUUACAGUCGAUUGGGGAAUAAUAGAUAGUGCUGAUAUAGGAACAGAUGCUUCUGCUAAUUCAUAAUCAGUUUUAUCUGAUUUAGCUAGUAAAUUAGAAUCAUUCAAUCCACCUCCUGAAAUAGGAACUGUUUUAGAAUAAUCAUCUACAAUCUCUGCCAUAAGUAAAUUAAAUUUCCCAAGCACUGAAGAAACAUCAGGUAUUUUAUUCAAUAUUAUUUUAUUAGUAAUUCCUACUCCGCCAAGUGAUGGAACUAAUACCAAUAAUGGUAAUAAUAAUAAUGGAAACAAUGGCAAUAAUGGUAAUACUAAUAAUGGAAACACUGGUACAACUGGUAAUACUAGCAAUAAUGGUAAUUAAAAUGAUGACACAUAAAUUAUUUUGACUACUGAUGAAGGUGUUAAUCAAUAAGAAGUUAGCGAAUAAAGAAAUAAUAGUACAUCAGGAACUAUUCAAAAAUCUAUCAAAAAGACUGAAUCAUCAUCAUCUUCUACAGUAAUUAUUGUUGUUUCUGUAAUUUGCUCAGUAAUUGGAGUAUCAAUUCUCAUUUCAGGAUUGCUAUAUUAUAAGAAAGUUAAAUUAGCAAAACUAAUGGCUGCUAGAGCUCAAAAGGUUGAUAAUGAAUUCUUCAAAGUUAACAUUACUGAAUAGUAGCUACAACACUAACCACAAGAAUGACAUUUUAUUCAAUAUUUUUUACAAUUCC